GCCUCCCUGCUUAUCUGGUUAUAAUUAUAGCGAGGUGACCUGGUUUCAGCACCGCGGCUCGUUAACAGCUCCAGAGUACAGCCGAGAUUUGACCAGCCCCUCCCCGCCAGGUGCGUCUGACACAGCGUGUACCUAAGGUGCAGCCUCCGCGGCGGUUUCAGCACCAGCGGCCGGCUGGAGCGGAGCGGAGCUGUCCACACGUUCAGCACUUUUCCUCUGGAGGAGAGAGCCACACCACAGGCGGCAAGACAGCCAGAAGAUAUCUUCCUCCUGGACACUCCGAGACAGCUUGUUUAAGGAUGGCGUCAAAAUACGUUGGCCUUUUCCUCCUGUUCCAGCUUCUAGCCCUGAAUGUAGUGAGCCAGAUAUCUGCCUUCCCCACACCUACAGCUUCAACGGAUGAAAAAACUGUGUACAACAGACAGUUGACAGAAGAAAGACCACUACAAGAACAGAUUGCUGAGGCAGACAGCGUGAAGGCUGCAGUCCAGUCAGCUGAGAGCCGGCGUCCUUCUGCCUCCAAGGACACAGAGUCAGAGCAGGACCGUGAUGACUUGACCCUGCUCAAGUCACUGGCUGACGGCCAGAAAUCAAAGGAGAGCGCUAAGGUACCGGUCAAGAAGGAGGAUCAGUACGUUCCUGAUGAAUCAGAUUCCACCAAGAGCCGACGUCUGGCUGAAGACUACGACUCCACUAAGAAUGGGAUGGAUGAUGGCAAGUUCCAGGAUGACCCAGAGAGCUUCCGUCAGGUCGACGGCACUCCACUGACUGCAGAAGACAUUGUCCAGAAGAUCGCAAACAAGAUCUACGAGGAGGAUGACAGAGGGGUGUUCGACAGAAUUGUCUCCAAACUGCUCAAACUGGGGCUGAUCACUGACAGUCAGGCAGAUACUCUAGAGUACCAGGUAGCCGAGGCUCUCCAGGUCCUCAUCACCAAAAAUGCUAAGAACAACGAGAUUGAAGACAUUGACAGCAAUGACCAAGAAACCAGAGGAGACCAGGACGACCAGGGUUCAGAUGCAAACACGGACACAUGGGAGCCACCCAGACGCCGCUAUAAUGAUGAGGAUGAGGACGAGAAAGAAGAUGACGAUGAGAUUGAGGAUGAGGUGGACAGGGAUGCAGAAGAAGACCCAGCUGACAACACCUGGGACAAAGAUGCUGAGGAAGGCAACGAGGUGAGCCCUGAAGAUGGGCUCCAGGACCUGCAGUAUUUUCCCAACUUCUACCGUCUGCUCAGGAGCCUCAACUCAGAUCAAGACACUCAGGAAAGGGAGACAUUGAUCACCAUCAUGAAAACGCUGAUUGACUUUGUGAAGAUGAUGGUGAAAUACGGCACCAUCACACCGGAGGAGGGGGUGUCUUAUCUAGAGAACCUGGAUGCUAUGAUAGCCAUGCAGACCAAGAACAAGCUGGGCAAGUCCCUCGGACCUCCCGACUUCACUGGACCCAACGGGAAAAACUGGGAUGAGGAUGAUAACACCAAGGCGGAGGCCGCCAAGAUGCAGAAGGAAUAUGAGAACCUGAAAGACUCAACCAAGGAGGAGCAGCCAUCAGCUGAGACCAAUCAGCGUGGCAAGUCAGAGACUUAUCUGGAAGCCAUCAGGAAGAACAUUGAAUGGCUAAAGAAACACAACAAAGAAGAAGGCAAAGAUGAUUAUGACCUGUCCAAACUGAAGGACUUCAUGGACCAACAGGUUGAUUCCUACAUCGAGAAGGGCAUCAUCGCCAAGGAUGAAGGCGACACCAUCAAGAGGAUCUACAGUAGCCUGUAACGCUAACAUCCAUACUCCAACCCACUUCUGGCCUAAAACACAGGACUGAAUCUGACACUAAUUUCUGCAACAAAACCCCGACUACUCACAGUUAUUUCCCAUGGCAUGGUAAAGUAUAUACUGUGUAUUCAGAACUACCUGCUUAGGGGAACUUGUUUAACCUACCAGACAUUCCCAGUAAGUAUCAAGAAAAGAGAUUUAAUAAUGCUAUCAACAAAACAGUACAGUUAUUCCUUACAGCUCCCUAACGGAUUAUAUUUGCGCGCCAAGAUCUCAGAGUAAUAACAACUAGAAAAACCUGUUAUUGAGAGAAAUCUGAAUAUUUUAUGUAACAAACUCACACGUCCAACUAAAUGCUAGCAAUUACUCCAACCUGACUCCGGCGAGAAAUGAAUGUUAUGAGGGUACGAUACUGUAGCUCGGUCAUCAUCUACUGUUUCCAAAACAUUUUUUGCAGCAAAAUACGCAUAUAUCAAAUUGUACUCAUUAUGUGUAACCUGUCUUAGACUAUUAUCCUUAUUUUUUCCAGCGUAUAUGUAAGAUCUUAAUGUAUUCUUGCUUUUUAUUUACCAAAAAUAUAUUUGUUGUGUAUCAUGUCAGUGCCCUCCGUACUCUUCUAUUCUGUUCUGCUGUAAUUCUUGGGGCCCACUAGGGGGCGAUGUAUGUAUCAUCUACUCUCUGCAUGUCUGUGAGCUCAACCUUUACAUCUCUGUAGAGACACAAGAUGAAGUAUUUUUAAAUGUAAAUAUUUGUGAUUUUUUCCUAAAAUGUAAAAGCAAUUAAAACAUUGCCUUU